AUGGAUCGCACCGCCGUCGCCGACGUCUCCCCCACCGGCGCUUUCGCCAGGAAAGCGUCGACGUUCAGAAACGCGUUCGACGCGAACGGCGCGCACCCGCCCGAGGCGCACCGCUACGUCUUAGUCGUCAGUUUAGCGUGCCCGUGGGCCACGAGGUGCCUGGCCGCUUUGCGCGCGAAAGGCCUCGAGGACGUCCUCGACGUCGCGGUGACGCAUCCCGUGUGGGGUAAGACUCGACCGAACGACCCGAACGACGCGCACGCGGGAUGGCGGUUCGUGAAGCCGGGAACCGUCGUGACGGGACCGAGCGGGAGAGGAGCGUUUGAGGCCGACGCUCGGUGCUCCGCGACGGCGUGCGAGGGCGCGGAAUUCGUGAGAGAUUUGUACGAGAUCUGUGGCGCACCGACCGAACAGCGAUUCACGGUGCCUUUGAUUUGGGACACUUUACGAAAAACGAUCGUGAAUAACGAGAGCAGCGAGAUAUUGAGAGAAUUGAAUACAAAAUUUCAAGAUUUUUGCUCGAGCGACGCGGCGCGAGAGGUGGAUUUAUAUCCCGAGCACUUACGUCCCAAGAUCGACGAGAUCAAUCAGUGGGUUUACGAUGAUAUCAACAACGGCGUGUACAAGUGCGGGUUCGCCGUAUCGCAGAGCGCGUACGACGAAGCGGUGAAGAAUCUGUUUUCAGCGUUGGACCGAUGCGAGGAGUUGCUCGCGCGCUCGCGGUACAUCGCCGGCGAUGUCUUCACCGAAGCCGACGUUCGACUUUUCAUGACUUUGAUCAGAUUCGACGAAGUCUACGUCGUGUACUUCAAGACGAACAAAAAAUUCAUCCACCAAUACGAGCACAUGGGGGCGUACGUGCGAGAGCUCUAUCAGAUGCCGGCGCUGCGACGAGCGACGGAUUUCGCGCACAUCAAACAGCACUACUUCGCCAGUCAUCCGAGCCUGAACCCGCACGCCAUCGUACCGUGCGGUCCGAACGUCGAUUUAGACGCCGCGCACGGUCGCGACGGUCCGUACCCGAGAUGA